CUAAAAUUCAACUCACUAAUGGUCCAAUUGAUAAGAUAAAUAUAGAGAAUAAUUUAAAUGAAAUCAGAGCUCAACAAAAGAGACAAAAGUUAAAUGUUUUACAAGAAAAUAUUCAACAACAUUAUGAUUUGGAAAAAGCUUUUGAACAUUCCAAUAAAUCAAUAUUGACUCCUGAGGUUCCUGAACUUUUCAAAGGUGCCAUAGAAUGUUCAAAUCAAGGGUUUCAAAAAUUAUACAAUAGUUAUGAUAUUGGUAUAAACAGAUCAAAUGAUAUUUUCAAACAAGACAUUGAGAGGUCUGUUGUCCGGGAUACAACUGGUAAAAAUAAUAAUGAAUGUGAGUAUAAAGAUGAGUACAAAAAAUAUACUGGAGAGUGUAAAACGCAAUGA